AUGGAAGUGUCCUCAGCCUGUGGACACGUGUCCACACCUGUGGGUUUGGACGACAGGGCGGUGGACCUGGACCUGGACCUGGUGUCCGUGUCCCAGAACAACGCCACUGCCGCCGUGGGGUCGACGGGUGUCUCUAUGGCAACCAGAGCCCUGAUUCUGCUGCUGUGUCUGCUGUUAGUGUUCUGGAAUCACCGGGACAACGAGAAGAAGAAGAAGACGGACACGCCGGGUCCUUCGUUCUUUCUGGGUUUGGGGCCGAUCCUUUCAUACGUGAGGUUCCUGUGGAUGGGCAUCGGAACGGCCAGCAACUUCUACAACAACAAGUACGGAGACAUAGUGAGGGUGUGGAUCAACGGGGAGGAGACGCUCAUACUCAGCAGGGCCUCAGCUGUCCAUCAUGUCCUCAAACAUGGACAUUACACAUCCCGGUUCGGGAGCAGAAUCGGACUGAGCUGCAUCGGCAUGAACGAGCGGGGCAUCAUCUUCAACAGUAACGUGGACCUGUGGAAGAAGAUCCGCUGGUACUUCGUUAAAGCACUGACAGGUCCAGGUCUGCAGCACACGUUGGACAUCUGCACCACGUCCACACAGACCCACCUGGACGGACUGAAGGACGGACACGGGGGUCCGGGCCGCGUGGACGUCCUCAGCCUGCUGCGCUGCACGGUGGUGGACAUCUCCAACAGGUUAUUUCUGGACGUACCUGUCAACGAGAAGGAGCUGCUGCAGAAGAUCCACAAGUACUUUGACACGUGGCAGACGGUCCUGAUCAAACCAGACGUCUACUUUAAGUUCCCCUGGAUUCACCACAGACACAAGAGGGCAGCUCAGGAGCUCCAGGAUGCCAUCCAGAGCCUGGUGGAACAGAAGAGAAGGUCCAUGGAUCAGGCAGAUAAACUGGAUGACCUUAACUUCACUGCAGAACUCAUAUUUGCACAGAACCAUGGAGAACUGUCAGCAGAGAACGUUCGUCAGUGUGUGUUGGAGAUGGUGAUCGCUGCACCGGACACGCUGUCCAUCAGCCUGUUCUUCAUGCUUCUGCUGCUCAAACAGAACCCAGAUGUGGAACUGCAGCUGCUGCAGGAGAUCGAUACCAUUGUAGGUGACAGGCGUCUCCAGAACACGGACCUCCACAGACUGAACGUCCUGGAGAGUUUCAUCUACGAGUGUCUGCGCUUCCACCCGGUGGUGGACUUCACCAUGAGGCGAGCACUGGACAACGACGUCAUCGAAGGCUACAGUGUCCCAAAAGGGACAAACAUCAUCCUGAACGUGGGCCGCAUGCAGCGCACAGAGUUCUUCCACAAACCCACCGAGUUUAACCUGGAGAACUUCAAAAAAAACGCCCCCCGUCGUUACUUCCAGCCCUUCGGUUCUGGUCCUCGCUCUUGCGUGGGGAAGCACAUCGCCAUGGUGAUGAUGAAGUCCAUCCUGGUGACGCUGCUGUCCCAGUUCUCCGUCUGUCCCCACCAGGGUUUGACCGUGGACAGUGUCCCUCAGACCAACAACCUGUCCCAGCAGCCGACAGAGCAGGAGCAGCUGUGGAUGACGUUCCUGCCCAGACGCAGGGGAGGAUGGAGCCCCGCCCCCAGCCCCACCCAUAACCACGCCCACACCUGA